AUGUAUGCUGCACUUACAGGAUUCCUGGGCAAGUUCCUAGCAUGGAAUGCGUUUGUUCCUCUCAGCAGAUUGGCUUUCGGCGUCUACCUCAUUCAUGUGCCGUUCAUCCAACUUAUGUUGCACACAUCUCGAGAGAGAGUGUUAUUCUCUCACUUCAUCGUGAUUUCGCUCGUCUUCACCGCAUUGGUGUGGAGCUACCUGCUCAGCUACCUCAUGCUCAUCUUCUGCGAAGCGCCGACUGCUAAGCUGGACAAGCUCGUGUUCGAUGGGUGUCGCCGUAGCGAGCCUAAGCCAGCUGCCGCCUCCCCGACUGAGGUGGUGACGAACGGUAUCUCCUCAGGAAAGCCUGCUGAGAUCCCGUGUGUCACUGAUGCUUACAGCGCGCUGGAAGCGCAGAGAAGCAACGGCAUCGCCGAUCGCGCAGGUUUCUUUCGCGGAAACGGCCACUCCGUCACUUAUCAGCUGUAGACAUUUUACCAUGUACUCCCCAUCAACAUCAACAACAUCUCCCUCACACAAUCACUGCUCUACUGUAAAUAAAACAGCCUGUCUUUUUCUCU